ACAAGGGAGGUUUUGCGCGUAUAAAUAAGCAGUCUCUAGUGGGUAACUUUGAGCCCAGAAUUUCGUCUUUGCUACGCACGCUCCAACUUGUCUCAAGAAAACAGACAGGAUUUCAAAAUGAGGUUUGCAAUCCUAGGACUUGCCCUUGCCGCUGUGGCUUCCGGUUUCUACGUCCCUGCACAAGAGAAGAGAAAUUUCCACGAUAUUGCUCAAAAGGUGGAGGAUGUUAUCCAUGGAAUCCUAGAUCCCCUUCACAUCGAUGACUCCAAGAGAGAUCUUCAUGAUGUUGCUCAAAAAGUGGAGGAUUUUAUCCAUGGAAUCCUAGAUCCCCUUCAUAUCGAUGACUCCAAGAGAGAUCUUCAUGAUGUUGCUCAAAAGGUGGAGGAUUUUAUCCAUGGAAUCCUAGAUCCCCUUCAUAUCGAUGACUCCAAGAGAGAUCUUCAUGAUGUUGCUCAAAAGGUGGAGGAUUUUAUCCAUGGAAUCCUAGAUCCCCUUCACAUCGAUGACUCCAAGAGAAAUCUUCAUGAAAUCGCUCAAAAGGUCGAGGAUGUUAUCCAUGGAAUCCUGGAUCCCCUUCAUAUCGAUGACUCCAAGAGAGAUCUUCAUGAUGUUGCUCAAAAGGUGGAGGAUUUUAUCCAUGGAAUCCUAGAUCCCCUUCACAUCGAUGACUCCAAGAGAAAUCUCCACGAUAUUGCUCAAAAGGUUUAGGAUCUUAUCCAUGGAGUUGUAGACCCUUUUCACAACGAUGACUCCAAGAGAAAUCUCCACGAUAUUGCUCAAAAGGUAGAGGAUGUUACCCAUGGAAUCCUAGAUCCUCUUCACAUUGACAGCGCUUCGACUUAGAGAAAUCCUUACUGUGCUGGCUUACAGAUUUAAAGACCAUGUUAUCCUCUUAACAUAACAUUUAUUCUACAUUGUAUGAUUUUCACAAUGUUGCUAAAAAAAUAUGGAUAUGUUACUAGGAAAAGUAAAAUGUACACACAUUCAGAUGAUCCUGGGUCAAAUGCAAUAUUUUGGAAUAAAGAAAAUUAAUUAAAGUUA